AUGAGAGGAGAAAUUCCUGAAGUUUCCAAUAAAGAUAUAUUUUCUAAAAUUGAGGAUUUGAGUCAUAAUAAUUUGUCGGGUCCAAUACCACUAUUUGCUUUUCAAUCAGAUCAAUUACAUAUCUCCAAAAGUAUGUUAUCUGGAUCCAUUUCUCUUGUAUGCAAGAUUCCCAAUGACUUCUUCACCUCCAUCCUUGAUCUCUCAGAUAACCAGUUAUCCGGAAAGCUUCCUGACUGCUGGAAGAGCUUAACAAAUUUAAUCGUUCUUAAUUUAGCAAAUAAUUAUUUUCGGGGUAAAAUUCCCAACAGUAUUGGUGCUUUAUAUCGGCUUCAGGCGUUGCACUUGCGCAACAAUAAUAUCAUGGGCAAGUUGCCAUCUGCUUUGAAAAAUUGCACAAACUUGAGAAUGAUUGAUUUUGGAGAAAACAAGCUCACAGGAGAUAUUCCAGCAUGGAUAGGGACUCAUAUAACAAGAUUGGCAGUUCUUAGCCUUCGAUCUAAUAAAUUUCAUGGAAAUUUAUCUCCAACAAUUUGCCAGCUUGUCAAUAUUCAAAUCUUGGACCUUUCUAUAAACCAUAUAUCAGGGAAAAUUCCACGGUGUUUAAACAAUUUUACUUUUUUGGUUGAGAAAAAUAGUUCAAUUGAAACAAAUCCAAUCGGUGAGCUGGGGCUUCUAAAAGGCAUUGAUCUUUCUGGCAAUAUGUUUGUUGGAACUAUUCCUCAAGAACUUUCUGAUAUGAGGGGUUUAAUUUUCUUAAACUUAUCGAGAAGCCAUUUGACGGGAAACAUUAUUUCAAGCAUAGGUCAAAUGGAGAUGUUGGAAUGGCUCGACUUGUCUAGAAACCAGCUUUCUGGAGAGAUUCCCACUGGCCUUGCAAAUCUAAAUUUUCUCAGCAUUCUGGAUUUAUCAUACAAUAAUUUGACUGGGAAGAUUCCAUUAGGCACUCAACUACAGAGCUUCAACCCCUCUGCCUAUGGUGGGAACAACAAACUAUGUGGGCGUCCUCUAGCAGAGUGUCCUCAAGAUGCUCCUGAUCCUUCGCUGGCUGAUCAUGGAAAAGAAAACAAUGUUGAAGAAGAUGAUCGGUUCAUAACUCGAGAGUUUUACUUCUGUAUAGCAUUUGGUUUCAUUUUUGGAUUCUGGGCCGUUAUUGGUACUUUGUUUCUCAAGCAUUCAUGGAGACAUGCCUAUUUCAACUUCUUCAACAACGUUGGAAAAUGGAUGUAUGUGACAACAGCGAUGGUCGAUGCUUGGGGAGGAUGGAGUCAAUUCCAAGUUUUGCUUCAGACCCUGAAGAAAGUUGCUUCUAAACACGGCAUCUCCAUUCCAACAUUUGCUGUGAAAUACAUCCUUGAUCAGCCGGCAGUGGCAGGUUCGAUGGUAGGUGUUAGGCGUGGUCUGUCGGAACACAUUAAGGCCACAAAUGCUGUGUUUUCUCUUGUUCUUGAUGAAGAAGAUGUCAGCAGCAUACAAGAACUUUCCAAGAGGGGAUAUAUAGAGAUUAUGCAAUUUCAGCUUGAAGGGGAAGCUUCUUGGAGCUGGGAUACAUAUAAGAAGAAAGGAAAAUGGAAGCAGGAUUCAUGGCUAAGAACCCACAAAUUUUUCUGUGUUUUUCUGCUUAUGCUUUUUAGUUUUGGACUAGUUUCAGGCAAGAGGUGGGAUGGGGUCGUUGUAACUAAAGCCGAUUACCCAGCUCUCAGGACCGUAAAACAGGAAUUUGUCGAUUUGAGAGGGGUCUUGAGGAGCUGGAAUGACAGUGGUAUUCGGGCUUGUUUAGGUGGGUGGAUUGGAAUUAAGUGUGUCAAUGGGCAGUUUAUUGCUAUCCAGCUCCCAUGGAAUGAUUAUUCCCAGUCUUGCAAAUUCCACUAG